GAGGAGGAUCGGAAAGUAGCAAGUCGAACGAUGGCUUUGGAUGGGAAGAAAGGUGAAGAUAUGGAUUCGCUAUUCGAAGGGAUGGUACUGUUUAACACUGCCCAAAUUGAAGUUGAGCUCCGUCCAGAUGAUAUACAAGAUGAAGAUUCUCUUCAAAGUGAUGCGGUCCCAACUUCAAAAGCAGCAUCGUCGCAGCCCCUUGACGAGAAUCUCUUCUCUGACCUGACGCUUAUUGUCCCUCCCCUUCAAAACUUGGAAGUAACUGAAGCCGAGCAUGAUCUCCAAUCGCAGCAACCAUCUAUAUCUGCUACUACUGCUGCUGCUAUUACCACGAGACAGGCCUCCAGAAGGAGAAAACGAUCUGGCUUGAGAAUAGGAUAUGGUAGAGACACCAUUUUUUCCAACGAUCUGCCCCAAUCUCCUUCUUCCCUCCCCCAAACCGCUCUUCAAAUUUCUGAUAACCUACCUUCUGAUACCCGUACCGAUUCUGUUGGGGACACCCUUCCAUCUUCGAUCACCGCUGAUGUUGUGGUUACGCAACCAUGUACUGAAUCUUCCUCGUUGCAUGACGGUUCCAAAUCGGAUUAUGAGAAUCGGAAAGACGAAGAUGUUUCUCAGGACGGUGAAACUUUUUCUGAGGCAGAGUUCCAGCAAAUUAAGGCCCGCAUACAUGAGAAGCUUAACCACGCCCGUCAACUGGUGAACGCUGCUUCUGCUGUCCGAAAGGGUUCCAUCAGGAACAGAAGAAAAGCCGCUGAGAAUGCCAAUCUUGUUUCCCUUAAGCACAUGGAACUUGAAAAGCAAUUGGAAGAAGCUUGUGAAGCUGAAGAUUUUGAAAGGGCUGAAAAAGUUAGCGAAAACCUUUCUGCUGCCGAGAAGGAUAGACAAGCUUUCGCCAAUUCUUUGAGAGAAGCAGAUGCCAUAAUCGAUGCUCUAGAUUUAAAAUUGCAGCAUGCCCUCGACUCUCUCAUAGCUGCCGAGGAAGAAAGUGCAGUCUUACUCGAACAUUAUGCAAUGAAUGCUUCAAACAAUGCAGAUUUUGCCUUGAAGAAAGCAACAUCAGUGCAUUCAAAAGAAAUGAACCAGUGGCUUUCGUCAUCUGAAGCCUUGGAGGUUAAAAAGAUGGAGUUGGAGAUUGAAUCACAUUUUAUAAGUGAAGCUCAUUUAGAUUUGAAUAAUACCAUUGAGCAUUCAAUCCAAGAUGACAAAAGAGAAAAAGAUAUCCUUUGUGAAAGAAAGGACAUGCUAAUGGUUGAAUUGGAAAACCUUCUUGCUUUAGUUGAACAGAAACAAAAGGAGAUAGCAGACAAUGACUCUAAUUUGAAAGCUGUAGAGAAUAAGAUGAGUAAUGUUGUCUCUGGAUUUAAAGAGAUUCGGUCAAGCAUUGAUGUGAUGUAUGACAAAUUGCAAUCUGUCCUUGCUCAAGUGAAAUUAGAGUCUGAAACUUUGGCACUAAAGAAGGAGGAAAUUGAUAACUUUCUCAUUCAGGAAGAAGAAAUGGGGGCAAAGCGUAGGGAAAUUGUUAGGAUUUCUGAGGAGGAAGCAAAAGGAUACUGGGAAAUAGUUGAACUAAGAAGAAGAUUGAUGUCAUCUAUCUUGAAGUCCAGGGAGGAUAAAUUGACCCUUGCAAACAAUGAGGAAAAGCUUUCUGAAGACCUGAAAUUGUUUCAGCAGGAGGUUUCUGCUGCAAGAGCUUCCUUGCAGGAACUAUCUUCAAGAAAGUCAAACAUCCAGCAAGAUAUAGCAUCGUUCAAGCAGAGGAUUAUUUUCAUAGAUAAAAGAGUCCCAGAACUUGAAGCAGAAAAGAAAGUUGCUACUGCUGCAAGAAAUUUCAAGGAGGCUGCACGUAUAACUACUGAGGCUAAGUCACUGAGUGUUGAAAAAGAGGGCAUGCAGAUAGACAUGGAUUCGGCCACUUUAAAUCUUGAGAAGCUUGAGGAAGAAAUUGAAGACACCCUUAAUAAAUUGCAGGAGACUGAGGGAGUGAUUUUAUUGAAGGAAAAAGAGUUGGCAAUGGCUAGAUAUCAAAGGCUACUUUUGACUGCUUCUACUGCUAGAGCAGAAAAAGCUGCCACACUAGAAAUGGGUGAUGUAGAAGAAGCUAAUCUCCUGCUUGCAGAAGCUGAAGCAGCAGACUGUGAAGCUGAGAAACUUCAAUCCACAUACAAUUUCAAGGCAGAAGACUUCACAAGUUUAAGAAAACAAUUAAUUUCAAUGGAUCUUGUAUCGUAUCUUGAUCAGAAGCAAUUGGCAGAAUUAGCUGUGUCACUUGAUAUUUUUACUGGCUGAUUGUUGAAACUAGAUUUUAAUGGAUUUAGUGACAAUAGAUACAAGAUUUAUGAAGAGGAUACUAAUGUUACUAGAAGUGCUGAAGUGCAACAUGAAUGUCCAACUCUUGGGUAUGCA